CAACACUACUAUAUAACAAAUAAUUUGAGCUGUAGAAAAUGGCUGAGGCUUCACAGAAAAUAAAUUUUCAAACUGCUAUGGAGGAUUUCAAAAACAUGUUUCCUCACCUGGAGAAUUCCUUGAUUGAGCAGGUUCUGCGAAGAAACAAUGGUAUGGUCGAUCAAACCAUAGAUGAUCUACUAGCAAUAAGCUGUGUUGAAGAGGAUCAGCCUAGAAGUAGUGCAGGACCGUCUAACCUUAUUGAUAAUCAGAAUCAGUUACUGCGCCCAAUUCAACAGGCACCUGCAUCUGCGUCUCGGACGUACCCGACUCUCUCGAGGCAUCUACCACCAGGUGAUCUGACUCUAACUCCACGCAGUCAGCAGCCUCCACAUCAAAAGUAUGGUCAGGUGCCUGUUACUUUCUUGGGAGUUCAGUUCAAGAUCCCCUAUGUAGACCCACUACCUCAGCAGUUCUUGAGACUUUCUGAACCUCCUGCACCUGCUCAGGACUCUCCGCUGGCAGCCCAAAUGUCGGAGGACAGAGAGUUCGCUCUCCUUCUGCACAACGAGGACUUCUUGGAUCAGAUGCAAUCCAACCAGGAGUUUAUGAGAACUCUAAACCAGGCUGAGAGGGGUGGGAUUAGUACCGGUGCUGUUGAGGCAGAUUCCUCUGAGGUGGGGUUUACAACAAGUGCCAGUUUUAGAUAUCUCAAGAGAAGGAAGGAUAAAACAAUAAGUGAUGUCGAUGAUGAAAAUGAAGCAGUUGCUGCGAGCAGUAGUUCACGGAGAAGUGAGGACGGUUCAAUAGCCCAGCGCUUAUCAGAGACAGGUCGCGCGACUCGCUCCAAACUACUGAAGAUAGCGCACAAACUUGACUGGAGACGAUCUACUUCAUCUGGAUCAAGUAAACAAAGACAACCAUUACUAAAUGAGGACGAUGACGAGGAGGGAGCUCCUUUGUUUGAAGAGCAGGGCGACGACGGUCUAAUAUUCUCUGAUAUGGAAGAAGCGGAAGAGGAAAUGAAAACCAUUCCCCGACAGAACACUCUCCAAGAGUUCGAAGACAACAGACAGAGAGCCAGGGAUGCUGUUGCGAGGCAGUUCAGAGGUGAGCGGCCUCCCCCUCCUCCAAUUCCUCCUCCUGGCUGUCCCUCAUCAUCAUCUACUAUGUCACAGGACGACUUUUUCUCGACCAGUGGAACCCUAACUGAUUCUAGAGUUGCUGGUGGUGCUUCCCACGAACCAGCUCUUCUCAACUUUGAAGACGAUAAAGAUAAUAUCUACGAAGACGACCUGGUUUCGCCCCUCAGUAAUGAGUUUAAUGACCGACCCUCAACUCCAAUAUACGCGUCAACGGACGAGAUGCACCAGGAUACAGUUAGUAACAUGACCCUUGGGUCGGAAACCAGCAGCGUGUAUGACUGUGAUGUUCGUAAUCGUGAAAUCCACUCUGCCACACUUUCCAGCAGCUAUCUCAUUCCUAUCAGGACUUUCCCUGACGAGGAGUCUGAGCGGUAUGACAAUAUAAAUACCAAUCUCAGACCUAAGGAGGAUAAUUUGAUUAAGUUUUGAUGGGGUUGACUGAAGGCUCGAAGGCUGAUUUGAAACACUUCUUGUAGACUUGAGUACUGAUACGGUAUAUAGAAGUUGACACAAGUUUGUUUUGACAUGACGUGACAACGUUUAAACAAUCGGCAGGUACUCGCGGGUAUCAUGGUGGGGUCAACUUAAUUCGUUAAUGGAGUCGUUCACAUAUUACGUAAUCAUUUUUUGGAACAUUUUUACCCCCCCCCCCCCCCCCUCCGUAAUCAGUUUUACACAUAGCUAUUGUGUCAAAAUUACACUAGCAUAAUCAUUCGGAACCCCCCCCCCCCCCCCUCAGCUGAUUACGUAAUAUGUGAACGACCCCAAUCAUUGAAACGUUUCAAACAAACUUGUGUACCUUCUUACCCGAAUUUGACUUUAUGAAAUUAUUAUGGUGGUACUUUAGAUUUGCGACUUUAGACGAAAUAUCAAUCCGUAUGAAUUCCGCUGAUAACUUAAUGUUAUGAACGUUGUUGCGAAUAAUACCAUGCAGCUUGCUGACUUCAUUGUCAAUGUCUGUAGUAAUUUACUUCUUAUUAUUGAUCAUAGAUAUUUAUGUUUAUAAAACAAAGAUUUGUUGUUUGAUCUCUUUGAAAAUGAAAAGAAUAUCAGUUAUUUUCUGUUAAAAUUGCAACCUAUGACGUCACAACAUAUUACGUCACAACCUAUGACGUUCUAUUUUUAAUACAUAUUAUGAAGACUUGUUCUGGCAACAUGACUUGAAAUGUAAUACUACUUUUUUGUAAUUUAUUGUUCUUACCGAUGAUUAACGUAAAGUAUUUGUUUACGAUUGUAAGUGACAACUACUGCAAUAAUUUGAAUUUCAGACUUUCUCAA